UUUGCAUCUCCUCUUAAGAAUUAAACUCAAUCAGACAAGGGAAGUUGCUGUCGCCACGGUCGGAGUCUCUGCCACUGCCGUCUGGAACAGCCGGACCCUCCGCCUCGCCUCCCGCACCAUGCUGUCGGAGAAGACCUUCAAGCAGCGCCGCACCCUUGAACAAAGAGUAGAUGUCCGACUUAUCCGAGAGCAGCAUCCUACGAAAAUCCCAGUGAUCACAGAACGAUACAAGGGUGAGAAGCAACUUCCUGUACUGGACAAAACCAAGUUCCUUGUACCUGAUCACGUCAACAUGAGUGAGCUCAUCAAGAUCAUUAGGAGGCGCUUACAGCUCAACGCUAAUCAGGAGUUCUUCCUGUUAGUCAAUGGACACAGCAUGGUGAGUGUGUCCACUCCGAUUUCUGAAGUGUAUGAACGUGAGAAGGACGAAGAUGGGUUCCUGCAUAUGGUAUAUGCCUCUCAGGAGACAUUUGGAAUCAAAGUGUCUGUGUAAGACUAGAAAAAUGCAUCUGUUCUAGAAUUUUUUUAAGCCCUUACCAAGGAAAAAAAACGGACAUAACCAACUGAGAUUGAUCCAUUCAUCCAAUUACAGGCCAUCAAAAUCAGUAGUGUUCCUGCCUAGGAGUUGUAGGAAGUUGUUUUGUGCUGCAAGCAGAAAAAUGGAUCUCCACGUGAGCACAUUCAGCUUUGGAAAAACCAUUAUUUAACCUAGGCUGUUUUGUUUUCAAAUUUAGAAGUUUAAAAAUAAAAUACUUUGCAUUCUAAGUUGCCGA